AUGUCACCCAAAAGCACUAAGGUUACAAAAAAAGCUCCCAAGCCUGUUAAACCAGCUGAAUCUGAUGAGGAAUCUUCAUCAGAAUCAGAAGAAGAAAUGCAAGUUGAAACUACUGCACCUAAAAAGGAUAAGAAACAACCUGCUAAUAAAGUUGCUGCUAAAAGAAAGAAGGAGGAAUCCUCUUCUGAAAGUGAUGACUCUGAAUCUGAGGAAGCCGCUCCACCAAAAAAAGUAAAGACUGCAGCCAAAGCAGCUACCAAGCAAGCUAAGCAAGAAUCGUCAGAGGAUACAAGUAGUAGCAGCGAAGAGGAAUCUCCUGCUCCCAAAAAAGUCUCUAAAAAGCCCUUGUCAACCAAAGUUCAUUUCUCCUUAGCAGCUCCCAAGAAAAAAGAAGAUAGUGAUAGUAGCAGCAGUGAAGAGGAGGAAGCAGCUCCUAAGAAAAAAGCUAGUGCAAAGCCAUCUAAAGCUCCCAAGAAAAAAGACAGUGAUAGUGAUAGUAGCAGUGAAGAGGAGGAGGAAGCGGCUCCUAAAAAAAAAACUAGUGCAAAGCCAACUAAAGCUGCUCCUAAGAAAGAUGAAGAGAGUGAUGAUAGCAGUGAAGAGGAGGAAGCACCUCCUGCUAAAGCUGCAAAGAAAGAAAGUGCAACAGUUAAACCAGCCAAAGCAUCAAAGAAAGUAAAGGCAGAGGAGAGUAGUGAAGAAGACAGCAGUGAAGAUGAAGCUGCACCUGCCAAGAAAAAAAAAACUGAGACACCAACAAAAGCUGCUGCCAUCAAAGAAAGUAGCAGUAGUAGUGAAGAUAGCAGUGAAGAAGAGGAAAAGAAACCAGAACCUAAAGCUGCUGCUGCAGCCAAGAAAGAAAGUGAAAGUUCAAGUGAUGAAGAUGAGGAUGAAGAAAAAGGUUCCAAGGCCAAAUUGAAUGGUAGCACUGCAAAGAAAGCAGAAGAAACUGUAACUGUCUUGUGCCGCAAUGUUCCUGUGGAUGCUACCGUUUCUAAACUGGAGAAAUUCUUCAAUAAAAAGGGUGUUGAGUGCAUUGAAAUCCGUAAGCGUGAUAAUAAAAUGUUUGCUCAUGUUGAUCUGAAAAAUCCGGCUGAUUUAGAUAAAGUCCUGGGAAUGAAUGGAGUAGAAUUUAAGGGAUCUGAACUUACAUUUGAGAAAGCCUUACCAUUUGGUACACCAAAGACUCCCAGAAAUGCAUCUGCAGGGAAUGCUGACGACAAUGCUGUGAUGUUUGUGAAAAACCUCCCAAAUGCAGCAACUGAAGAUGACAUCCGGCAAAGGCUAACAGAAAUGUUUUCUGGUGUAGAGUCUGUGAGAAUUCCUAUGAAAGGAGAUAUGCAUAAAGGAUUUGCUUAUGUUCAGUUUAGUGAUACUUCAGCUGUGAAAGAGACCAUUGAAAACCACCAGGGAAUUGACUAUGAUGGCCGUCCUCUUUACCUUGACUAUAGUGGUGGAGGCCCAACACCUCAGAAGAGAGGGCCCAGAAAUAGUUUUGGUGGAGGUGAUGCUGGUGAAAAGGGUAACAUUUUGUUUGUAAGGAAUCUAUCCUAUGAUUCCACAGAAGACAGUCUAAAAGAUGUUUUCACAGAGGCUACAGAAGUUAGAUUGCCAAGACAACAAGACAGUGGAAGACCCAAAGGAUUCGCCUUCAUAGAAUUUGAUUCUAUUACAAAAGCUGAGGAAGCUUUUAAUAACUUCAACCAAACAGAAGUUGAUGGCAGACUAGUCUACAUUUCUUAUUCUAAUUCUAACAAAGGUCGUGAUGGAGGACGUGGUGGAGGUGGAAAAUUUGGCCGUGGUGGCAGCUUUGGGCGCGGAGGUGGCGGUAGAGGCCGUGGUGGCAGCUUUGGGCGCGGACGUGGUGGUAACAGGGGGCGUGGUGGUUUUGCAAUUGGAAAUUCCUCUGGAAAGAAAAAGACGUUUGAUUCCGACAGUGAUUGA